UCGGGUUUCUUUUCAAGUCUAGAAAACAUUUAAGAUUUUUCAUAUGGCAUCUUCUUCAAAUCUGAUCAGUAAACAUAAUGAAAACAAACUUCUGUUUCUGUCAUAUUAAACGAUAAUUAAAAUAAUAAUUUGUCAGCUAAAAGUUAUGUAAAUAUGUCUUAUGAGGCAGAUUUUUCUGUAAUACCAGGUUUUUCAGCCUCCAGUAGCUUAAAUAAAACUAGUUAUAAUAAGCCCCAAAGAUUUAUCGUGCGCAAUGGGUUGCGAUGGGAAGAAGAUGAAAGUGUAAAAGCACCCAAACUUAGCAAAGCCAGCCAUUUGUUGGGGAGCAGAAAUAUAGAUAAAGAACCUCAUUCUCCUAUCCUCAAGUUUAAUGCAUAUUAUUGCGAAAAGCUCGGAGAAGAUCCUGAAUCGGCUACGAGAUUUAGGAAAUGCAACGUUCUGUAUUAUAUAGAUGAUGAUGAUAUCAAAGUGUAUGAGCCAAGACAAAUAAACAGUGGUUGUCCUCAAGGAUGUAUUGUGGCCAAAGGAAGAUUUCAGAAACCAGACGGAACUUAUUAUUGUAUUGAUGAUCUCAAUAUUGGUAAAACUUUGGUGCUUAACGGAAGAGAAUACAAGCUAAUAAAUUGUGAUGACUUCACUAGAAACUUUCUUACUGAAAUGGGUUACAAGGUGCCACCACGCCUACCGGACGUCAUAGAUCCAAUAACAGAAGACAGAGAAGAAAGGAAUAAGCUCCGUUCAUAUCGGAAACCUACUGGCAAAACUUAUAAAUUAGCUCCCUUUUUGAAGAAUCAUCCAAAAAGACUUCGUUUCUUUGGUUACUAUGGAGAAGAAAAAAAUCUGUUCGAAGAGAAAAGAGAGAUUACUUUGUAUUACAACCUCGCCGAUGGUUUGAUUAAGAUCGUUGAAGAAAGAUGCAAGAAUAAAUGGAUUGAUGGCAGAUUCGACACUCGUGUGAUCCUCAGACCUACUCUGGUACCCAAAAACGUUGAUCCAGCCUUACCAAUUGGUGAAAUGGCUGAUCCGACUUUGUUGAAUCUUGCUCAUGAUGUUGAAAACGUUCUCAUUGGGGGAAAGUAUUAUAAAAUCCAAAAACCAACAUCUGUCUUAGUGGAUUCCAAUCCGCUAGAAGGCCGAAGAAGAUUCGUUGAGUAUUACACAGAUAAAGAUCUCGACCUAGGUGUAGAAUAUAACAUUUUUGGGUCUAAAGUUGUUUUGCAUGAUUGUGAUGAAUUUACAAAAAAUUAUUACCGUGCGACUUACAAUAAAGAAUUAAUACCAGUGCCCCGACCAGAAAUACCCCUUUUCAAAACUCACAAAUUAGUAUACAAACAUGAAGAGUUUGGUUCUUCAGAACAGACCAUCAGAACAAAUGAUCCAUUUACACCCAAACCCCUUGAAGAGCAUUUAUUGAAAGUCUUCGAGAAAGACAGAUUUGCGUAUGAAGUACGAGAGCUCAAGUUUCUUGCUCGCAUUGUAACGGACAACCCAGUGGAAAAAGAUCGUCGUUUCACUGUCCGGUGGUACAUGGAAGAUGAUACAAUGGACAUCCGAGCGUUGGAUUUAGAUUUCGAAAGGGCAAGUAUAAUGGAGCACGUGCACUUCAGGAGAAUGCGAGUGACAAAACCACAUGCCCAUUUAAGUAAUUUUGAGCCCUGUUUUUAUCAGCCAGCUGACAUGUAUGUCGGAAAUGUCAUUUAUGUCAGAACUAGACCUUUCAAACUCCUUGAAGCGGAUGAAUAUACGUAUAACUACAUGGAGAACUAUUGUAAUCAGUUCAAGUAUUCAAAUAUUAAAACAAUUAUGGCGGGGUUUAGAGAAUGGAUGAAGCAAAAGGUUGAAAGUCUCAAAUCCACGUUUCAGGAAAAAGAUCCAAACUAUACAGGCUUUAUAUCCUACGAAGAUUUUAAGGACGUGCUGUACGCUGAAAUGCCUGAAGAAAUUCGAGAGAAGUACCCCGAGCAUGCCAUUAAAACUUUAGCGCGAUAUUACGCGGAUGAAGAAGAUAUCGGGUUGAAGUUGGAUGAUCUUAUUUCUAGAGUCAAAACAGAACUAUACUGGAAAAAGUACUACGAUUUCGAAGACUUAAAAUUGGCAUUUCGAUUACAAGAUGAGGAUAAGACAGGAUAUCUUGAUCCCAAAAGAGUGUAUUUCGUAUUCCGAUCAUGUCUGGUACCUAUAAACCGAGAUCUUCUAAAAUCAUUUAUUUAUAAAUUCCCCAAAGUAGAUGGCAAGAUUAAGUUCGAUGACAUGAUAGAUGCAAUGAACUGGGCAGAAAAUCCUGAUGUUUACCAUAAACCAGAACCACACGCGGUUAAAAUCAACUGGGAGAGAAUCGAAACGAAGAAGAAUUUGCAAAAAAUUAAGUACAACCUUUUUUUGAUGAAUACCAUUAUGUAAACGGAGACAUCAAUUGUUUAUUAAUAGAUUAUUUGUGAAACCUAUGGUACAGUCUAGCUGUAUUUUUAAUAAAUAAUUAAAAUAACAAAUUUCAAUAAUUUUUAAACAAUAAUUAAAUUAAGAAAUGAUCUUUUUUUGAUCUAGAAUAAAUCUUUACAUAUA